CACGAAAAGGCUUUUAUUUUAGUUCGUGAUUUUUUUGCGCUUGAUGCGAAUCGGCGAAAAAUAAAAUAAUAUUAUUACAAGUUUAAAUACAUAGAUUUUCUUUGAUGAAAGGAAAAUCUUCCAUUAAUAAAUCCAGUUCAUUUUGAUAUUUGAAAAAAAAAAAUGCCGCGUUCGAGUGGCAUCCUGUCAUCACAGCAAUCGCGCAAUAACCGCUCGGAACCGAGUCAAUCUCAAUCCGCUCGGCCAAGCACCAGCGGCCAGCAAGAACGGGGAAGAACAUCCAGCCAACAACAGCAGGAUGGUACCGACGAUGUGGAGCAGGAUCAAAUGGUGAUUAACUUGGUGAAGGCUAUUCUCAAUAUGUCAUGCAAUAAGCAUCAGAUGAAGAAGCCGGAUCUGGUGAAAAAUGCUCUCGGUGGAAACAGUCGGAUUUUCCCGAAAAUCAUUGGCCAGGUUAUGAGAGAGCUGACAGAGGUUUACGGAUACAAGUUAGUCGAAACGGAACGCAACAAAACCUACAUACUCGUAUCUACCAUUACUUGUGGAUCCAUUUUGGACAUGAACGACGAAUACCGGAAGUCCUAUACCCUGCUCUAUCUGAUUCUGGGCUACAUCUUUAUGAAGAACGGAGACGUUCCCGAGCAAGGUUUAUGGGACUUUCUGGACAAGCUGCAUAUCAGCAGCGAAGAUCAUCAUUCCUUUUUCGGCGAUGUCCCUAAACUGAUCAAAGAAACGUUCAUCAAACAGGCUUAUCUGGUUCGCACGAAACAAGUCGUCGAAGGUAUGAACGAGGAUCGAUAUUUCUACGGAUGGGGAAAACGAGCUGAAUACGAACUGAGCAAAAGGGAUAUUCUCGAGUCGUUUUGUAAACUCAUGGGGAAGCCUUCGGUGUGUUUCAUAACCCAGCAUACGGCAGCCUACGGUAUGAAUGGCGAAGAUGAUAUGAGUGACACAAUGGAGGUUACACAGAACUGAUAAGUUGGAGAAUCUACAAACACUGACGCAACAAUAAUUUAUAUCAAAGCUAUAAAUAUAAAUAAAAUAAGUCAGCAAGGCCAUUUUCAUUUUGCCACGGAAA